AUUCUCGAACUGUCUGCGGGAUUUCUAUACAAGCGUAUUUAAGCCGGCUCUGCCGCCUCGUUGUUUCAUUUGUGCUAGUCACUGGUGGAGAGUACCACUAAGAACAUUCCAAGGGAUUAACUUCAGAAAUAAGACGCCAAGAUGCCAGAGGAAACUGCUACAACCUCUCAUGAUCAACCAAUGGAAGAAGAGGUGGAGACCUUUGCAUUCCAGGCAGAAAUUGCCCAGUUGAUGUCCUUGAUCAUCAACACCUUUUAUUCCAACAAGGAAAUCUUCCUGAGAGAACUGAUUUCAAAUUCUUCUGAUGCGCUUGACAAAAUCCGGUAUGAAAGUUUAACUGAUCCAAGCAAGUUGGAUUCUGGAAAGGAGCUCAAGAUUGAUUUGAUUCCAAACAAACAAGAUCGUACUCUGACCAUCAUUGAUACUGGUAUUGGAAUGACCAAGGCUGAUCUUAUCAACAAUCUUGGCACCAUUGCAAAGUCUGGAACAAAGGCAUUCAUGGAAGCCUUGCAAGCUGGCGCAGAUAUCUCCAUGAUUGGCCAGUUUGGUGUGGGUUUCUAUUCUGCUUAUCUUGUAGCAGAGAAAGUAACUGUGGUUACAAAACAUAACGAUGAUGAGCAGUAUGCUUGGGAGUCCUCAGCUGGCGGUUCUUUCACAGUCCGAACUGACAACACUGAGCCUCUUGGGAGAGGUACAAAAGUAGUUUUGCAUCUUAAAGAGGAUCAAGCGGAGUACCUUGAGGAAAGGAGAGUUAAAGAAAUAGUCAAGAAACAUUCCCAGUUCAUUGGAUAUCCCAUUACCCUUUUUGUGGAAAAGGAACGGGAUAAGGAAGUGAGUGAUGAUGAAGCAGAGGAAGAGAAGGACAAGGAGGAGAAAAAAGAGGAGGAGAAAAGUGAGGAAGACAAGCCAGAUAUUGAGGAUGUAGGCUCAGAUGAGGAGGAGGAUGAAAAGAAAACGGACAAAAAGAAGAAGAAGAAGAUUAAGGAGAAGUACAUUGACCAAGAGGAGCUUAACAAGACUAAGCCAAUUUGGACCAGAAAUCCCGAUGACAUUACAAAUGAGGAGUAUGGAGAAUUUUACAAGAGUCUUACCAAUGACUGGGAAGAUCAUCUGGCAGUAAAACAUUUCUCAGUGGAAGGUCAGCUUGAGUUCAGAGCACUGCUGUUUGUGCCAAGACGUGCACCAUUUGACUUGUUUGAAAACCGGAAGAAAAAGAACAAUAUUAAGCUGUACGUGAGGAGAGUCUUUAUUAUGGACAACUGUGAAGAUCUAAUCCCUGAAUACCUCAAUUUCAUCAAAGGUGUUGUGGAUUCCGAGGACCUGCCCCUCAAUAUUUCCAGAGAAAUGUUGCAGCAGAGCAAGAUUCUUAAAGUGAUUCGCAAGAACUUGGUAAAGAAGUGCUUGGAACUGUUCACAGAGCUAUCUGAAGACAAAGAGAACUACAAAAAAUACUAUGAGCAGUUUGCCAAGAACAUUAAGCUGGGAAUUCAUGAGGACUCUCAGAAUCGCAAGAAAUUGUCAGAGCUGCUCCGGUACUAUACUUCUGCUUCUGGUGAUGAGAUGGUGUCAUUAAAGGAUUAUGUCACAAGAAUGAAGGAGAAUCAGAAGCACAUCUACUAUAUAACUGGAGAGACUAAAGAACAGGUUGCCAACUCUGCAUUUGUGGAGCGUCUGAGGAAACAUGGCCUUGAAGUAAUCUACAUGAUUGAGCCAAUUGAUGAGUACUGUGUGCAACAGUUGAAAGAGUUUGAGGGAAAAACACUUGUAUCUGUAACCAAAGAGGGACUUGAACUUCCUGAGGAUGAGGAAGAGAAGAAGAAACAAGAGGAGAAGAAAGCAAAAUUUGAAAAUCUUUGCAAAAUAAUGAAGGAUAUUCUUGAAAAGAAAGUGGAAAAGGUUGCAGUUUCCAACAGAUUGGUUUCAUCCCCAUGCUGCAUUGUAACUAGCACAUAUGGCUGGACUGCAAACAUGGAGCGGAUAAUGAAAGCACAGGCCUUGCGAGAUAACUCUACCAUGGGCUACAUGGCUGCCAAGAAGCACCUUGAAAUUAACUGUGAUCAUCCAAUUAUUGAAACAUUGCGGCAGAAGGCAGAGGCCGAUAAAAAUGAUAAAUCUGUUAAGGACUUGGUUAUUCUGUUGUUUGAGACCUCUUUGAUGUCGUCAGGCUUCACAUUAGAUGACCCUCAGACACAUGCCAACCGCAUUUACAGGAUGAUUAAACUUGGUCUGGGUAUUGAUGAAGAUGACAUGACAACAGAUGAGCCUGAGGCCACUUCUGCUGCAGUCGAGAACAUGCCACCACUAGAAGGAGAAGAAGACACCUCCCGUAUGGAGGAAGUUGAUUAAAGGACUUGUGUAUACAUUUUAUACAUGACUGUAAAUGCUGCUCUUUAGCAUAGUAGUUAGGACAAUUUACAUUCAAAUUCUGAUUUCCUUUUUCCUUACACUUUGAGAACAUGAUUCAGAAGUAAAUACUGUUACUGCAUUUUUGUUUUUGUAUUG